CCCCGCCCGCCGGGACAAGGUCCAAGCGCGCAUGCGCCGGGGAGCGGCGCCGGCUCCGUCCCGGCGGGAGCGGUCAGAUCCCUCCCUCCCCUCAAAAAAAAUUAGGCAGUUUUGCGUAAAAAACAGCAAGUUUCCUAAAAAUUAGGUUGGAAAAAAAACCCAGGGAGUUUCGGAAAAAGCGCUAGGUUUACAAAAAUCCUCGUAAUUUCGCCCCCGAGGCAGCAGGUUCGUAAAGAAUCCCAGCAACUCCCCGAAAAAGCAGCGAGAAAACCAGCGAGUUUGGGGGGGAAAAAAAGCAGCAGGUUUGUGAAGGAAACCUGGCAAGUUCCGAAGAAACAGCGGAUUUGCAAAAAAGGAAAAAAAAAAAAAAGCAAACCACCCCACAAACACCCAAGUUUCCCCAAAAAAAGCAGCCGGAUUCCAAAGAAAAACCAGCCCGAUUCCUGAGGUUAUUGCAUUUUCCCCAGCGUUAUCCCAACAGUUUUGUUGCCGGAUGCCAAUAAACGUCCGUCGGCGGAGCUGAGCUGAGCACCGGGGGCCAUGGAUGCGCGGCGCUGGAGGGGCGUCCCACCCGGGAAUCUUUCCGACUGUCCCAACGGCUCCCGCUGGGUGAUGGAUGUGUUCAACGAAUGCGCCCAGGAUGGCCGGGACAUCGCCAGCGUCGUCCUGGGGUUGGUUUCCAUCUUCUGCUUUGCCGCCGCGUCUUUUCCGCAGUUUUACCAAGCCUGCAAAACCGGCAUCAUGGACCAGGCUCUCUCCAUCUAUUUCCUGCUGGGAUGGCUGGGCGGAGACCUCCUAAACCUCAUCGGUUCCUUCCUGGCCGAUCAGUUGCCGCUGCAGAUUUACACGGCCGUUUACUACGUGCUCGCAGACCUGGUGAUGCUGUCUCUCUACUGCUACUACAAAGUGAAGAACAGGAGCGGAGGAAUCGUCACCCCAAUCAACGCGGCCUUCGUCUUCCUUUCCCUGGGGAUGGUGUCGGCCGUCUCCUUCCUGGGCAGAGGUGCUGCCAUGGCGCAGGACCUGGUGACGUUUAAAGGGAGGUCUCUGCUGUCCACUCGUGUGGAUGAGCUGGGGUCGAAGCCCCCCCUUGCCUUGCAGCCUUUCACCAGGAGUGAGAUCAUCGGCUUCACCAUCGGCUCCAUCUCCUCCGUGCUGUACCUGUGCUCCCGGGUCCCCCAGAUCUACACUAACUACAAGAGGAAAUCCACCAUCGGGGUCUCCUACUCCCUCUUUGCCCUGGUGAUGCUGGGGAACUCGCUCUACGGCCUCAGCGUCCUCCUGAAGAACCCCGAGCCGGGACAAGGUGAAGGCGACUACGUCCUGCACCACCUCCCCUGGCUGGUGGGCAGCCUGGGCGUCCUUUCCCUCGACGUGGUUAUCUCCUUCCAGUUCCUCGCUUAUUGGAGAGGAAAACCCGGUACCUGUGAGGAGAGGGAUGCUCUUCUUGGUGAGCAGGGUGACAGCCUGGAGAGCUGAUGAAGGGACCUGCCCCGGAGCGAGAAGAGGAUGAUGCAGACGGGAAAGCUGGCCUGAAGGCCGGGCAAACUGUCCCCUCCAUCCUGGUGGCUUUGGGAGAAGAAGACCUGAGCCAGCGGGUGACAUGUGCUGCUAGGACGCUAAGCCCAACCAGGUGGCAGAGGCUGCUGCUGAGAGACCUCGUGCCUCUUUGAUACCAAUGAUGCUAUCGGGAUAAACAGGGAAUUAUUUGAUACCUCAAAAGGUCGCUCUUUGCUGCUCUUACCCCCCGCACUUCUGCCGUACCCGCUGUCUCAAGGGUGGUCUGGGGUUUCCCCGGUACCGGCAGAGGUGGGAAGAGCCUGGGGGGCUGCAGGGAGGGGACAGAGGUGACCGACCUGUCAGGAACAGGAGCCCCCCUCGCCUCUGUGGGCCCCGCGGCUCCACCACUGAGCUCUUCUGCAAGACGUGGCAGGGACUGGACCCGGCUCAGGAGGAAGAAGGGAAGGAGCGGCGUAACCAAAGCGUGUCGGGCCACACGGUCCUAUUUUAAUUAGCACGGUCAUGCGUGUAUAAAACAAGUCCUUGCCCCA